AUGAAUUCCAACACCCUCUUCGACCCAAACCUGUUGGCCGCGUUCAAGAUCGCGGCGAAGGAGUUUAUGGACCGGAUUGAGGAAGAAAGAAGAGAGACAAUCGCUAGCUUAGAAGAGGAUCGGCUUCGAAGAAGCAGGGAAGGCAGCGGAACAGAGCAAGCAAGUAGUCUGAAACAGAGCAACAUAGCAAAGAGAAAGUGA